CACACAAACCACCGCACUCAAGGGGUUUUCAGUUGCCGAUGAAGUGUGCUGAUCAUUCGCUCAUUUUUGUGAGUCUGUCAAAGAUGAGCACGACGUCCACCCACCCAUGGCACUCAGACAAUGUAAUCAGUCACGUCGCCCAUUCAAACCCACUCAGUCCCCCUCCACCACUGCUCACACAGACAGGCCCUCUCCACCCAUCCAAUCCAACAACACCACCCAAUCGCCGUCCGGUCACCAGCACUCACCCCUCACACAUCCACCGUCCCCCUGUCGAUGACAUCACGCUCGAGACCGAAAGCCCUCAGCACACGGCGGACGGCACCGACCGACUCGGGGAAGCGCUGGGCGAUUGGUGCCGGCGCAUCAGCAGCAGAUGGCUCAGUCGUGUACAGAUCGAUGCGCCCCGACCCCACCCACAGGUAAGCGGCGAGGGUCUCGUUGCGUCGGAAGCCGCUCACUAUCACAAGACGACAGUCACUCGGGUUUGCAGCAUUGAGAUGGCCCCCGUCGUAGCGCCAGUCGACAGCGAUGCCCUGAUCCUCUGUGAUGCCCUCGGUUAGCAGACGGCCAUAGCGAGGGUCACCCCGCCCGAUGUCUGCCCGCAGCACCCUUCUCUGGCCCACCCCCUCUUCAUAGCAGCACUGCCAGAACAGCCGGGUCAGCAGAUAUGCCGAGAAGGAGGGGAAGAGAUCGCUGCCCCAGCGGUUGGUGGGGUCGGUCCGCUUGUAGCCGUCAGCAUAGCGAUGGCCGCCCGGCAGAUCACCAUGAGAUACCACACGAAACGACACAUUACCAAUCCGAUAGGCCCCAUCGUCGGCCUGCUGCAGCGCCAGGCUGGUCCCUCCGUAUGUCAGCUGACGGCCGACGGUUGAGUAGAUGGCCAUAGUGAGGAGCAGCUGGUGGAAGGCCGUUGCUGUGGGCAGUGAGUCGGCCGACAUCUGAAGGGGCCGAGUCGCAUUGGGCGUCAGCCGAUAGAUGAAGGCCACGCGAAGGAACCGCCCCAUCGCUCGCCACUCCUCACCGCUGCCCUGCUCCAGCAGCCAGACGACCCUCAAGCCGCCCUCCACGUUACCAUCAAUGUCGAACGCCAAGACGUCCUCCAAGUCGAGACGCCUGAUGGCCUUGUCGAUGUGCCGCUGGGCGCCGUUGAGCAGCGUGCUGGUGACGGUCGCCGAGGUGUGGCCGAGCAGCUCCUGCUGCCGAGUGGGGGUGACGAUCUGUGAGGGGAGAGCGGCUCGCGUGGCAUCGUCAGUCGCCAUGGCCAUGGCGGCCAUCUUGCUGAUGGGCAAUGACAGGUCAAAGAGCUCGGCGGGCUGGAAGAGGGGCUGGGACAAAGGCGCUGCACCAGUGGGCUGCAUCACUCGUGACUGUGGAAAGGUCCCAGAGAGGCGUGGUUUACGUGAGAGAUCUGCAUGCACACAACAGACACCAAAGGCAUCUGGUUUUUGGCAGUUCGAUGCUUCCGCUUCAUCUCUGACUGGCAUCUUACCCUCCAGUGGGUGGCUUGAGAGCUGCAACGCUUGAAAAGGGGAGCGAUCCGUCUGCGAGCUUGUUUUGCAGAUCUCGUCGCGUGGUUUGUGCAUUUCGCUGACAGCGUGGCG